AUGGCGACAAGCAUCGGCAAAUUUGUUGGGGAUCUCAGAGAAAAGUUAAAAUCUGGGUCCCUAAAUGAUGAAAGAAUUGAAAAACGGUCGCACCGCCGAUGGUCCGGUGGUGUAGACCAGACACACGACACAGAACAGUCGACUUUAAGUCAAUACAAGAUGAGCCAAAUCCACGAAGGCAUCCAACAACAUCAACUUUUUUCUGAGGACGAAUGCAUUGCCAUUGAAGAAAAAAUCAACGAAGUGGUUCAGAUUGGGAAAAGUGGCGCCUACAAAGAACACACUGUCGAUACGGCGCCACUCCGUAAUAAGUACUUCUUUGGUGAGGGUUACACGUAUGGUUCACAGCUGUCAAAGAAGGGGCCAGGCCAGGAAAGACUUUACCCGAAGGGAGAAGUAGAUGAGAUUCCGGAUUGGAUUGAGGAAAUGGUGAUCAAACCUGUGGUCGAGGCAAAAAUUGUUCCGGAGGGAUUUUUCAACAGUGCUGUGAUAAAUGACUAUCAACCCGGCGGAUGCAUCGUCUCUCACAUCGACCCUGCCCAUAUCUUCGAUCGCCCGAUCGUAUCUGUCUCGUUCAUGAGUGACUCGGCCUUGUCUUUUGGUUGCAAAUUCACGUUCAAGCCCAUCCGAGUGUCGAAACCUGUGGUGUGUUUGCCAAUAACAAGAGGAAGUGUUACCAUGCUGAGUGGCUAUGCAGCUGAUGAAAUCACUCAUUGUAUCCGACCUCAAGAUGUUGUUGAAAGGAGAGCAGUGAUUAUCCUCAGAAGAGUCCUCCCGACUGCUCCAAGGCUCAAGGUGACAGAUGAAGAACCCGUGCACCAACAGUACAAAUCUCAAAAAUAUUAUGAACACGAUGACCGCAGCCGCAGUUGGCAUGAGCAUGACGAUCGUGAUCAGAGAUGGAGUGAACACGAUGACAGAGACCGCAGUUGGAGCAAGUAUGAUGACCGAAGCAGCAGUUGGAGCAAGCAUGAUGACCGCGAUAAGAGUUUGAGCGAGCAUGAUGACCGUGACAAAAAUCGGAACAAGCAUGACAAUCUCAAUAAAAGUUGGAGUGGUCGUGAUGAUCGCGAUCGCAGUUGGAAUGAGCCUGCUGAGCGCUAUCGCAGGUGGAAUGAGCGUGAUGACGGUGAUCACAGUUGGAGUGAACCUGACAAAAGGAGGCGUUGGAGUGAUCAGAACAGGCGAAAUCCGAGCUGGAAUGAGCACGACGACCGUGACAAAAACUGGAAUUACACUUCUUCGACGCCGUCGGUGCUCAAGGAAAAGACGCCCAGAAACUAUUCACGGAAAAGGAGUCCGAGUGUUAGCCCGUCACGCUUGAGCUCUAAAGUGAUCAAACUUUCGAAUGAAAGAUGUCAGUUAGAGAAAGAUGACCCACCAAUUGUGCCAAAAUCGAUCAAGCGCAUCGUACUUGCGUCGAAACCGAGUCAGAAAAAGAGGCAGGUUUUUCUGACUAAGGACGAAUCAUCACACUGAUUGUACAUUUAGUCAUGGUUCCUGUUGCCGUGGUUACUAACGGUUUUUGUGUUCGAUUGUUAUAAUUUUGUUACAGUAUAGCUAUUAUAUAGCUUCAUAGUUUAUAUGUGCAAGAGUUGAAACAACAUUGAAAAGCCGGCCUAUAGUUGUAUAUCACUAUGACUAUCAGUUCAUUAUAUUCUAGUGUUCGGUCAAAAAUUAGUUUUUUUGAAUCUUUUCUGCAAUGGGGGAAAACUAUGGCCGCCGAGGGAAUGCUGAGCUUCUGUGAAAAUGUGGAUUCCAACUCGCACUAUGUGUUGGAUAUGGGGGUUAUUUUCAUUUUGUGGUGCUGAAAAAACACUAAACAAUUUUAUGAGUAUGUCAAGGAGAACACACAAAAGUGGUACAGUUGAGCUCAUACUUUGUGUGAAAAGGUUAAAAACAAGAGAAUAAUUCGUUGUAGCGUAAUUUUGGUCGCAGGUCUUGUGUGGAACUUUUUUUUAACAAAAAGCUUAAUUGAGUCAUGAUCUCAUUCUCUGACACUUGAUAUCAUGUUAUGCAAUUUUAAAUGUACCCUGGUACUCUUUAAAAACAUGUAAAUUAUACUCGCAACGUGCUAAUGUACAAUCAAAUUGGUAACGGCAAUAGGGGCUAAAUCGUUUAGUCGGAUAUACAUUGUAAUUGGCCUCAUUUCCCCUUGCCCUUUGAAUGUUUUGUUUGAGCUUGACAAUUUUUAUAUCGCUGAAAAAGGGUUGUUUCAGAUAGCAAAGUCUGAAACCUGGAUCCAGAUUUAUGUCGUGUUGCCGGUUCAUAUGUACAAAUUAUCAACCAUUGAUCAGUGUCGGUUUCCUUUGAGAAAUUCCUGCUAAAAUGUGGCCUUGAAUUAUGUAUGUGUACUUUUAAUGUAAAUGUAUGUCUUGUUCAGUCUUUGUUUCAAACUCAAAAAUCACGUGCAAGUAAGAUCACAUGGUACCAUUAGUGUAAGGACCAUUUUUUAUUCAGAAUCGAAAACCCUGUGAAUGUUGAUGCAGAGGAGAAUGGCAAGUUAUAUCAAAUCAUGCUGUGCAUAAUACACAUUGUUAUUUGUAUAGAAAGAAGUAUGUGGUUGGCGUAAUGUGAUCCAUCCUCCCAUAGCAGGUCUUUGGACCGCUCAAAAAAUCCUAAUGCAAGAAUGUAUUUUCAAGAAAGACCCAAACAUGUGCCAGUGGAGAAUGCAUAAGAAACAUUGAUUUACGAAUUAAGGAAAAUACAUUACAUUUUGUUGGAAGGCAGAAUGAGGUAUCGAAAAAUGUGAUUCCGCAACCGCCCUGGAAAGGCCUUACUGCGCCAACCUCUGCUUAUUAUGUGUAAUUAAGAUUUUUAAACCGGAAAUGUAAUUGUGCUUGUUUAAGUGUUAACUUUUUC